AAUGAACCUUGCGUCUCAAAUUUCUCAAGCAAAAACAGGAAAUGCAACUAUGGAAUGGGCAAAGAACUACGUAUCAAAAUUGAACGAUGGUCAACUGGCUCUUUUGCAGAAAAUGUACGCAGAUCACCAAGCAAAACUGAAAGCUUCAGAAGAUGAAAAAAAGAAGAAAGAAAUGGAAGAACUGAAAAUGAAAGCACAGCAACAGGCGAUCCUUGACUCACUUACACAACAAAUUCCCAUCAUGGUUGAUGUCCUCCGAUCUUCGACUUCUCCAGAUUCACAGCCAAGCAGUAGUAGCAGUGUUAUGAGCAGUACCGAUGAAGACCAAAUUACAGUGAAAGACGUGCUAAUCGGAAAAAUCAACAAGGCUCAGAGACAAUCUUCACCGAACAGCUCGAAGCCGUACACUCCACGUGGAAUUCGUGAACGUGUACUUUUUGAUGAACAUCUCUACGUGUUCGACAAGUGCUCAUAUGAUAGCAAGAAGAGAUUCUUCAGAUGUGAACGAAAGAAUACUUGUCCAGCACGUAUUCAUACACCAUUUGAUGCUGAACGAGUCAUUCAUAAAGUACAAGUUCACAAUCAUCCACCACCAACUACUUUUGAUCUUGCACAUUACAAUAUUGAUUAUGGAAAAGUCAAAUCAGGACACAUCUUAUCUCUCAAUGGGCCUCAACAAACCAAGAACCUAUUGCCACCAUCACUUCUCACUCCAAAAUCUGAUUUGGAAGAUGAAACUCUUUCUACAAAAACUGAACAAAAGAAUGCUUCAACAAUGAAUAUUCUUCUAAGUAUGACAAAUAAUUGCGAUGGACGUAAACCAAUCACACUUCGACUUCCUGAUCUUUUUAACAAGAUCUCAGAAAUGGAAAUACACGAUAUGGAGAUGACGUUGACAAAGUUUUUGUUGGAGAACAGAGAAUUGAGAACUGAUUUGAUUAGCAGAAAUGGAGAUCUUCCAGUAUUCUUUCCAAAUGCACACAAUGAUGAACUAGUUCUCUUUGUGGCUGAUCAACAUGAAAAUGAUUCAGUAUUUCAAAUGAUUCGAGUUUCUGAAAGGAAUGAGAAAUCAAUUCGUCAAGCAAUUCAAGAACACCUUCAAAAAGUAUCCAAUCGUUCACUAAUGAUGAAUAUUUCAUCCAAAAUCAAUGUUCCCCUAUCACAGCAAAUGAUCGAUCAAUGGAGAACCGAGGAAUUUAUUCGAUUAGAUUCCUCAAAACCAAACUUUUGGAAAAUCCAUCAUGUUUCCAAACUUCAAGAUUAAAUUAACUAUGUUUUUGUUUAUUUUUAUUAUCAAGUUCAUAUUCAAUGUACUUCCGAUUGCUAGUUAUUUGUACUAAAGAGCGCAUAUUGCCCUCAAAUAUUUCAUUCCCGACCCACUUUCAUUUUAUCGGGUGCUCCAUUCCAAACUUUCAUCGAUUCGAAAUUUGUAUUUCACGAGUUUUAAAUUAUUUUCCAAAUGAUCUCUUUUCAUUGUAUCGCCAAUCUUCCUCCUCUUCUUGUUUGGUUGUCAUUUUUCCCUUCAUCUCUCUAACUUAUAAACUAACCAAAUACGGAGUUAUUUUAUAAAUAUCAGUAUUGAAA